ACAUCUCCCAGCGAACAAUAUGCUGUGGGUGGAGGCACUCAUGGCGAAGAUGUAUUCCGGUCCUAAAGAAGAUUUUUCGGCACAGAAUUUGCUGAAAAGAGAACUGUGGGACGAUAAGUUGCAUGAAUCAAAGCUCUCAGCAGUGCACGGUCGCUUCAUGAAGCCAUCAUGCCGCGCGAUCACAAAAGAUAGUGAGAAAACUAAGCUCAUACUUUUUAUGCCUUAUCUGCACUGGGAACUGGAGGAUGCUAGAAAAGAAAUGUCCAGUGUUAUUAAAGAGCUUCAAAAAUCCAAUGAAGAAACAUUGGAUAACCUUAUUAUUCCAUUUGGAAGAGAAUAUUUCAGCGAAUUACUUAAGCCCAUGGGAAAAGGAGAAGGGGAUAAAGAAAAGCAACCAGGAACGCAAGCCACAAAAGAUACCGAACCAGAUGUUUCGCUCCUCGAAGAGUUCCUAUUCCGACAGCCACCAUUACAUAUUCGACGAACCCUAGAUCAGUUCUACUACUAUAUGACCCAGGACACGGAUAUUCGAGAUGCCGAUCAGGUUAUAUCGCGUUACUGCCGACGGAAAUAUCCCAAAGACCCGGUUCCAAUUGUGAUGAUUGAUCAAUUGUGGCUGUGGAUAGUUGAUAACAAGACCGUUAUUACAAGUUUCCCCCAGCGCUGGGGCAAGCAUGCCGCCAGUACUGAGACAACAACUACAAUCAACAUGACGAAUGUUUUAGACGACAUCCUUCGUCACCUUGCUGAAAGUGUUAGAGAACCAUUUAAUUCAGCAUUUGGAUUAUCAGAAACUAUAAUAGCUCGAUGUUUAGGGUUGAGCUUUGAUCCCGUGGAAUGGUAUUAUGAGCAAUAUCUAUAUCUGGAGAUCUUCGAAUAUUCGAUCAACUACGUGGUAAGGGAAAGCCGAAAAAAAAGCAGCGAAAAUGAAGAAAAAACCAGAAGGAAUGAUAUCGAGCAAGAGGCUUCCAAGGAGCAGCCAGAGACUUCGAAGCCCGACGGGACCAUAAAGCCAUCGACGCCAACGGCCCUUGGCGAGGAACUAGAACUUAUCUUCGACAUCUCACAAGAGACAGAAUUGCUCAAAGAAAUCAAGGAUAUUCGAGACGAAUUGAAUAUUUUGAGGAGUCUCUAUGGCCAGCAGAUGGGUGUAAUUGAGUCGUUUGUCAAAGCGAUUGAGGCUGGCCAAAAGAAUCUUGGGAUUCCCGUGUCAAAGGCAAAUCUCAUGAAUGCAUUAGUUCGGCAUAUCGACCUAGUUAAUGCCAUGGACGAGGCCGCAAAACGCCCUUACAAAGCUUUAGAGGAUCUUUUAGAUCUCAAGCAAAAGCAAGCCAAUGUAUCGGAGGCACGGACAGCUCGAAUCUCAGGCAACACAAUCACAGUUUUCACAAUUGUCACCAUUAUAUUUCUCCCUGCAUCUUUCAUGACAGCCUUCUUAGCGCUACCUAUAGCUGAAUUUUCCAAAUCAAACUCGAACUUUGAACUUGCCUAUGCAAUCAAAUAUAUAAUGAUAAUUACUGCUGCAUUGGCAGUACCGUUUGUUAUACUGGCUCUAUAUGUCAACCCUCUCCUCCGUUUCUUCAAAGCUUUUGUUGGUUCCUUUAGAAAGAUUUCUGAAAGGUGGUCAUCAUCAACGGUUGUACGCCCCAUACUCAAGAGAGUCCCCGCUCUGGCCAUGGUAUUCAUCUGGACGCCUAUACUAUUUAUUUAUUGCAUUAUUCUCCUGGGGUAUGCGGCCUGUUCAUUCCUUUUUAAUUGGAAAAGGCUCUUUCGUUGGUUUAAAGAACACAGACAGACGAAGAAAACGCCAAAGGCGGAUGGGACGGAGGGAAGCAAAAGGCGUUUUGUUGUCGGCAAAAUAAUAGCCUCGAUAGCUCAACAUAGAGCAGAAAAGGCAAGAAACGCCGAGGAACAUGCGGAUGGAGCAGAGCUAGGAGGUGCCCCUGUUCAAUCUGUCGAACCAGAUAUACCUUCGUAGCGCGAUCGCGAAGGAAUGACCAUUGGUGCUUAUCGCAGGCACAGAAGCCAAGGCAGGAGCGCUAUGAGACUAUACAACAGAUACUGUUGCUACGGUUGUUGUUAGGUCGUACUGUUGCAUAAGAAGUAUAUUGAAUUCAUUAAUAUCGAGCGUUUGGUUUUUUCGGCACGCAGGGAUGGACAUUACUCUACCAAUU